AUGUCGGUCGCCGCCGACACCAGCGCCUCGCCGCUCACCGCAGAGUGCGCGCUCGCAAAGUCCGCCAAAGGCGCCGCGUGCGUGCAGCUCGUGGGUCAGGUGCUCGACAACCCCUCGCUGUACGUGUUUGGCGAGCUGCUCGACAUGCCAAACGUGCAGGCGCUCGCCGACGGCCCUCCCGCGCACGCCGCCGCGUACGAGCUCCUCAAGAUCUUCGCGUACGGCACGUGGAAGGACUACACGGCGCGCGCGGCGCAGCUCGGCCAGCUCUCCGCCGCGCAGGCGACCAAGCUGAAGAAGCUGUCAGUGGUGUCGCUUGCGGCGGCGUCAAAGUCGCUCCCAUACGACACCCUCCUCUCCGAGCUCGAGAUUGGCUCGGUGCGCGAGCUCGAGAACUUGCUGAUUGAGUGCGUCUACGGCGAGCUCCUCUCCGGAAAGCUCGACCAGCAGGCGAGGGUCUUCGAGGUUGCGCAGAUGGGCGAGCUCCUCUCGCGCUGGCACUCUGGCGCCCUCGACGCGCUCGGGUCGAUCCGCAGCAAGGCUCACGCCGCGUCGGCCACCGCCGCCGAGCUAAACACCCCCGUCGAGAACGAGGACAAGCAGCGCAAGUCCGGCCGGACCAAGGGCAAGCUCGCGAUGGGGUUUGGGCCCCGCAAGUGA